AAAUUUGUGCCCUCUCGUUGUACUGUGAAAGUUGCCUCAGAUGAAAUAUACACGUCGUUUAUAUUUGCAACCCGUUGUGCACAAUCAUCACGUGUAUCACGUGGAUUUGCUACGUCAGCAGAACAUCCCCAAUACCCAGGACCAUGGCAGUUUGAUCAGUUUAAGGGACCGAAUUAUUGCAAUUGAGAUAAAGCCCACGUGAACAUUGACCAGGACUAAGAUGUUUUCGACAGGACUUAUUGUCGUCUGCUUGCUGCAGCUGACUGGCAGGUCGGACGCUCUCAUCGCGGGCUGUAACGUUGACAACACCCUCUGCACGAACCCAUCACCCCCCAAGUUGGAUAUUUACUACUCCGGACACCAGAUCACGUGUAACACUCUUCUGCAUAUCGGAGACGUUACCCAGGCGCCACGUAUCGAGUUCAAACAAGGGAGGGAAGGAGAAAGUUACGUCCUUGUGUUCGCUGAUCCAGACGCUCCAUACCCGUGCGCAAACUCCGACGGUAGCAACUACCUCCAUUAUGCUGCUGUUGUGACACAGAAGAAUGGCGAAUUGCAGCCAUCGCAAGUACUAGUUCGUUACCGUGGCCCGCACCCACCAAGAGGCACACACCGGUACCAAUUCUAUGUCUUUCCCUGGACAUCCAGUCAGAGGCCAGUGCUCCACAACUCGGACCAGUCGAGAGGCCACUUCAGGCUCAACCAGUUCAAGGCGGAAAACAGUUUGAAUGAACCGGUUGCGGUGUUUCAGUUGAAAGUCCCGCACACAUAAUCUUCAGCUGAGAUAAUAUCACGUUGUAUUGCUCUUGGAAACUACAAAUUAAAAGAUCUCUUAAGUA